CGUGUUUGAUAGGGCCGAUUUCUGUAACUUGUGUGACAGCACUCUAUCCGUUCGGUUUCUCAGGAGGCUAUUUGGAAAAAAGUCCCGAUCUAGAAGAGUUUGUACCUUAGAUUGUACCAUCAGACCGUCAUAAUGGCGCAGAUGUUACCCAUCAGGUUUCAAGAGCAUCUCCAGCUCACAAGUAUUGGGAUCAAUGCUGCCAACAUCGGAUUCAGCACUCUCACCAUGGAGUCGGACAAAUUCAUCUGUGUCCGAGAGAAGGUGGGAGAAACAGCACAGGUGGUCAUCAUUGACUUGCACGAUCCAACAAACCCCAUCAGAAGGCCAAUCUCUGCAGAUUCAGCCAUCAUGAAUCCAGCCAGCAAAGUGAUUGCUCUAAAGGCUGGAAGAACCCUCCAGAUUUUCAACAUUGAAAUGAAGUCAAAGAUGAAGGCUCACACCAUGACGGAAGACGUGGUGUUUUGGAAAUGGAUUUCUGUAAAUACCAUUGCCCUAGUCACCGAGGGUGCCGUCUACCAUUGGCCCAUGGAGGGUGAUUCGCUUCCGCAGAAAAUGUUUGACCGCCACUCCAGUUUGACAGGCUGUCAAAUAAUCAACUAUAGAACGGACGCCAAGCAAACGUGGCUACUUCUUAUUGGCAUAUCCGCCCAGCAAAAUCGCGUCGUUGGAGCAAUGCAACUUUACUCUGUCGAAAGAAAAGUCAGCCAACCCAUCGAAGGUCACGCUGCUGCCUUCUCACAGUUCAAAAUGGAGGGAAAUCCUGAAUUCUCUACCCUGUUUUGCUUCGCAGUCAGAAGUGCUCAGGGCGGAAAGUUGCAUAUCAUUGAAGUGGGAACGCCGCCAACCGGAAAUCAGCCUUUUGCGAAGAAAAAUGUCGAUGUUUUCUUCCCACCCGAAGCCCAGAACGACUUUCCCGUAGCUAUGCAGGUCAGCCCGAAACACGACGUACUGUAUUUGAUUACAAAGUACGGCUACAUUCAUUUGUAUGACAUGGAGACUGGUACCUGUAUCUACAUGAACCGAAUUUCGGCAGAAACUGUAUUCGUCACCGCCCCACACGAGCCCUCUUCGGGUAUCAUUGGGGUCAAUCGCAAAGGCCAAGUUCUAUCUGUCAGCGUUGACGAGGAGACCAUCAUCCAAUACAUCACGACGGCCAUGCAAAAUCCGGAUCUUGCGUUGCGGAUUGCUACGCGCAACAAUCUUGCUGGGGCUGAGGAACUUUUUGUCCGAAAAUUCAACACACUCUUCCAGGGUGGGCAGUAUGCCGAGGCCGCUAAAGUUGCCGCCAAUGCACCGAAGGCCAUUCUGAGAACACCAGCCACAAUCCAGCGCUUCCAAGCAGUGGCCGCUCAGCCAGGCCAAACUUCCCCGCUAUUGCAGUAUUUUGGAAUCUUGUUGGAUCAGGGACAGUUAAACAAAUUUGAGUCCUUGGAACUAUGUCGUCCCGUUCUGCAGCAAGGUCGCAAGCAGCUGCUAGAAAAGUGGUUGAAAGAGGAUAAACUUGAAUGCUCUGAAGAGCUUGGUGACUUGGUGAAACAGGCCGAUCCUACUUUGGCCCUAUCGGUUUACUUGCGAGCGAACGUGCCCAACAAAGUUAUUCAGUGCUUUGCUGAAACUGGACAGUUCUCCAAAAUUGUUCUGUACGCAAAGAAAGUGGGUUACACGCCCGAUUAUGUGUUCCUGCUACGUAGUGUCAUGCGCAUCAGUCCCGAUCAAGGAGCAAUGUUCGCUCAGAUGCUGGUGCAAGACGAUGAACCGUUAGCCGACAUUGCCCAAAUUGUUGACAUUUUCCUUGAGCAAAACAUGGUCCAACCGUGCACGGCGUUCCUUUUGGAUGCAUUGAAGAACAACCGUCCAGCCGAAGGGCCAUUACAGACCAGAUUGCUCGAGAUGAAUCUCCUUUCUGCUCCUCAGGUGGCCGAUGCUAUUUUGGGUAAUCAAAUGUUUACCCACUAUGACAGAGCUCACGUUGCGCAGCUAUGCGAAAAGGCCGGUCUUCUUCAAAGAGCUUUAGAGCAUUACACCGAUUUGUACGAUAUCAAGCGUGCUGUGGUCCACACUCACCUUCUAAACCCGGAAUGGUUGGUGAACUACUUCGGUUCAUUGUCCGUCGAGGAUUCUUUGGAGUGUCUUCGUGCUAUGCUGCAGGCUAACAUUCGUCAGAACCUCCAGAUUGGCGUUCAGAUCGCCACCAAGUACCACGAACAACUUUCAACGAAUUCGCUGAUCGAGUUGUUCGAAUCCUUCAAGAGCUUUGAGGGACUUUUCUACUUCUUGGGAUCUAUUGUGAACUUCAGCCAAGAUCCAGAAGUACAUUUCAAGUACAUUCAGGCUGCCUGCAAGACUGGACAGAUCAAAGAAGUGGAGCGUAUUUGUAGGGAGUCAAAUUGCUAUAAUGCUGAAAGAGUCAAGAACUUCCUUAAGGAGGCAAAACUAACUGAUCAGUUGCCGUUAAUUAUCGUGUGCGAUCGUUUUGAUUUCGUCCAUGAUUUGGUGCUCUAUCUAUACCGAAAUAGCCUUCAAAAGUACAUUGAAAUCUAUGUGCAGAAGGUGAAUCCUUCUCGUUUGCCCGUAGUUAUCGGCGGUCUGCUAGACGUUGACUGCUCGGAAGAUGUCAUCAAGUCCCUAAUCUUGGUCGUGCGUGGCCAGUUCUCAACCGAUGAGCUUGUAGAAGAGGUAGAGAAGAGGAAUCGUCUUAAAUUGCUCUUGCCCUGGUUGGAGUCACGAAUCCAUGAAGGAUCGGUCGAGCCUGCCACUCACAACGCCUUGGCUAAAAUUUAUAUCGACAGCAAUAAUAAUCCUGAGCGCUUCCUUAAGGAAAAUGGAUACUACGACAGUCGCGUCGUUGGAAAAUACUGUGAGAAGCGUGAUCCACACUUGGCUUGCGUUGCCUACGAACGUGGCCAAUGUGAUCGUGAGCUUAUUAAAGUUUGCAAUGAGAAUUCGCUCUUCAAGUCGGAGGCUCGUUACUUGGUUAGACGUCGCGAUCCCGAUCUUUGGGUGGAAGUGUUAAACGAAAGCAACCAAUUCAGACGUCAGCUCAUUGACCAAGUGGUUCAGACAGCCUUGUCAGAAACACAGGAUCCAGAAGACAUUUCCGUCACGGUCAAGGCCUUCAUGACGGCUGAUUUGCCCAACGAGUUGAUUGAGUUAUUGGAGAAAAUUGUUUUGGACAGCUCUGUGUUCAGCGAUCAUCGUAACUUGCAGAAUCUCCUCAUCUUGACAGCUAUCAAAGCCGAUCGUACUCGGGUUAUGGAAUACAUUAACCGUUUGGACAACUACGACGCGCCAGACAUCGCAAAUAUUGCCAUCUCCAACCAGCUCUACGAAGAGGCCUUUGCCAUCUUCAAGAAAUUUGAUGUCAAUGCUUCCGCUAUCCAAGUAUUGAUAGAAAACGUCAACAAUUUGGAUCGUGCUUACGAGUUUGCCGAACGCUGUAACGAACCAGCCGUAUGGUCACAGUUGGCCAAAGCGCAACUUCAGCAAGGUUUGGUCAAGGAGGCUAUUGAUUCGUUUAUUAAAGCCGAUGAUCCUUCGGCCUAUUUGGACGUGGUCUCGACUUCGCAUCGUACCGGCAGCUGGGAGGAUUUAGUUCGCUACCUGCAGAUGGCUCGCAAGAAGGCGCGUGAAUCGUUCAUUGAAUCUGAAUUGAUUUACGCCUAUGCCCGCACCAACCGGCUUGCUGACUUGGAAGAGUUUAUCGCCGGCCCGAACCAUGCCGACAUUCAACGAAUUGGUGACCGUUGCUAUGAUGACGGAAUGUAUGAGCCAGCUAAACUACUGUACAAUAAUGUUUCGAAUUUUGCUCGAUUGGCCAUUACUUUGGUACACUUGAAAGAGUUCCAGGGAGCUGUUGAUUCGGCCCGUAAAGCCAACAGCACACGUACAUGGAAGGAAGUCUGCUUUGCAUGCGUUGAUAACAAAGAAUUUCGUUUGGCACAGAUGUGCGGUCUUCACAUUGUUGUUCACGCCGAUGAAUUAGAAGAUUUGAUUAACUACUAUCAGGAUCGUGGAUAUUUUGAGGAGUUGAUCAAUUUGCUUGAAGCAGCUCUUGGAUUGGAACGCGCUCACAUGGGUAUGUUCACUGAAUUGGGUAUCCUCUACUCGAAGUACAAACCGGAGAAAAUGCGCGAGCAUCUCGAACUCUUCUGGUCACGUGUCAACAUUCCUAAAGUUCUACGCGCUGCUGAACAGGCACAUUUGUGGGCUGAAUUAGUCUUCCUCUACGACAAAUACGAAGAAUACGAUAAUGCUGUCUUGACAAUGAUGCAACACCCAACUGAAGCGUGGAGGGAAGGACAUUUUAAAGACGUUAUUACCAAAGUGGCCAAUAUUGAACUCUACUACAAGGGCAUCCAGUUUUAUUUGGACUAUAAACCAAUGAUGUUGAAUGACCUACUUCUGGUGCUUUCACCUCGUAUGGAUCACACGCGCUCUGUCAACUUCUUUUCUAAGUACAAUCACUUGGAAAUGGUUAAGCCUUACCUACGUUCAGUUCAAAAUUUGAACAACAAGGCAAUCAACGAAGCUCUAAACAGUCUGCUUAUCGACGAAGAGGAUUACCAAGGAUUGCGCACGUCAAUCGAUGCGUUCGACAACUUCGACACAAUUGUAUUGGCCCAACGAUUGGAGAAGCACGAGUUGAUAGAGUUCCGCAGGAUCGCCGCCUAUCUUUACAAGGGAAACAACCGCUGGAAGCAGUCCGUUGAGUUGUGCAAGAAAGAUCGAUUGUUCAAGGAUGCGAUGGAAUACGCUUCUGAAUCGAAGAACGCCGAGAUCGCUGAAGAAUUAUUAGCUUGGUUCCUUGAACAGCGCAACUUCGAUUGUUUUGCUGGCUGCCUCUACCAGUGUUAUGAUCUUCUUCAUCCCGAUGUCAUUCUCGAGCUUGCCUGGCGUCACAAAAUCAUCGACUUUGCCAUGCCUUACCUCAUCCAGGUCAUGCGUGAAUACGUCUCCAAGGUCGAUAAGCUGGAGGCUGCCGAAUCUGAACGCAUUGAAGAAAACGACUCUCAGAGUCAACCCCCAUCGAUGAUGAUUGCGUCACAACAGCUCAUGUUGACUGCACCUGGCUUCGCACCAGCGUACGCCCCCGGUUUUACACCAGGAUACGGUUACGGCAUGUAGAGAUGAGAAGUACUGGCGUCAUUUUUUCACGGUAUUUGUCCGCGGCGUUUGUGUUCUUUUCUUUGACGUUCGUUUCGAAGUGUUUUUUAGAAGCAAGGAAAGAUAUAUAACAGCAAACUAUGUUAGAGUUUCGUGGAGUGUGCGGACAACAAAUUUACGACGUUAGUUUUAGAACAACUGGUUGGUCACAGGUUAAGCGAAGUAGCAGUAGCCAACUGCUUUCAUCUGUCUGUCAGUGUCGGCGGAAACCAUCAGAGCCAACAUUUAAUUUAGGGCUAAAUGUGUUUUUUUUUUUUUUUCGUUCUUUUUUCUGUUUCAGCUGAUUGAUUGGUGAUUCUCUUUGUUCGUGAAUGUAAUUCUGAUGCUUAUAAAAUCCCUGAAUCCACAUGUCCUGAGAAAAAAAAACCAAACCAUAGUAGUGCGAUGCCCACCAGUUUUGUGGAUGAUUUUUCACCCUUCUCCGCUGCCCGCUUACGUCACUUUCUACCACCAGCAAUUUCAUACCUUUUUGGUACUUUUCACAUACCUGGUUUGAUCGAGUUCUAGUAACUUGUACAUUUUCAUUCCACUUGUUUGGGCUUAAGUUGAAUCAUCGGAAGAGAAAAUCGUUUGGGUUAUUUAUCGAGCGGGACGAUAAAAUUCAUGGCUUCACAAUUUUUCCUCCUGGAAUGAAUUAAGCGGUCGUUUUCUGGAUGUUGCGAACGUAUGGCCAUCCCUUUUUCAUCCUCACUUGUGUUUGCCCCUCUUCUUGUAUACACGCCCAUACACAAGACAUUCUUCGCUGUCUCUUAUAUUCACUCUUCUCCUUCGUUGGUGGUUUUAUUAUUCAAAAAAACGUUGUCUGUUUACUCUUAUCUAUUAGUUGGUUGUUUCUUAAACACUCCCCCAUUCCUUGUGGUAUGUUCUACUUUGUCUGUAGCCCAUCUAAAUGAUUAUGAAUAAAUACAGUUGUCACCACGACUCCAAACUA